AUCUUCACCACCACCAUCAUCAUCCUCAGAGGAAGACGGACAGCGAGCCCCCUGACCCUCGCCCCGCCGGGUCACAAUGGCAACGGUCAUCUGCACCCGUUUCACCGAAGAGUAUCAGAUGUACGAGGAGCUGGGCAAGGGAGCGUUUUCUGUGGUGCGUCGCUGUGUGAAGGUGCUGUCUGGUCAGGAGUACGCCGCCAAGAUCAUCAACACCAAGAAACUGUCAGCCAGAGAUCAUCAGAAGUUGGACCGUGAAGCUCGAAUCUGUCGUUUAUUGAAGCACCCAAACAUCGUUCGACUACAUGACAGCAUUUCAGAGGAGUUGCACCAUUACCUCAUCUUUGACCUGGUCACAGGGGGAGAGCUAUUUGAAGAUAUUGUAGCCAGAGAAUAUUACAGCGAAGCUGACGCCAGUCACUGCAUCCAGCAGAUCCUGGAGGCGGUGCUGCACUGUCACCAGAUGGGCGUGGUCCACCGGGACCUGAAGCCAGAGAACCUACUGCUGGCCUCGAAGUCUAAAGGAGCGGCGGUGAAACUGGCCGACUUCGGCCUCGCCAUCGAGGUGGAGGGAGACCAGCAGGCCUGGUUUGGCUUUGCGGGGACCCCUGGCUACCUGUCUCCAGAGGUUCUGAGGAAGGACCCGUACGGGAAGGCCGUCGACCUCUGGGCCUGUGGUGUGAUUCUCUACAUCCUAUUGGUCGGUUAUCCUCCGUUCUGGGAUGAAGAUCAGCAUCGUCUCUACCAGCAAAUCAAAGCUGGAGCUUAUGAUUUUCCCUCUCCUGAAUGGGACACAGUGACUCCUGAAGCCAAAGAUCUCAUUAAUAAGAUGUUGACCAUCAACCCGUCCAAACGGAUCACAGCAGCCGAGGCGCUCAAACACCCCUGGAUCUCUCAUCGCUCCACAGUGGCGUCCUGUAUGCACAGACAGGAGACGGUGGAGUGCCUGAAGAAGUUCAACGCCAGGAGGAAACUCAAGGGAGCCAUCCUCACCACCAUGUUGGCCACCAGAAACUUCUCCGGAGGAAAGAGCGGGAGCAACAAGAAGACCGACGGAGUCAAGGAAUCCUCUGAGAGCACAAACACCACCAUAGAGGAUGAAGACACCAGAGUGAGGAAGCAGGACAUCAUUAAAGUCACAGAGCAGCUCAUCGAGGCGAUCAGCAACGGAGACUUUGAGAGCUACACUAAAAUGUGCGACCCGGCGGUGACGGCGUUCGAGCCCGAGGCGUUGGGGAAUCUGGUCGAAGGCCUCGACUUCCACCGCUUUUAUUUUGAAAACUUGUGGUCUAAGAACAGUAAACCGGUCCACACCACCAUCCUGAACCCCCACAUCCACCUGGUCGGGGACGAGGCCGCCUGCAUCGCGUACAUCAGAGUGACGCAGUACAUCGACACCAACGGGACGCCUCGCACCGCCCAAUCAGAGGAGACCAGGGUGUGGCACCGCCGUGAUGGAAAGUGGCAGAUUGUCCACUUCCACCGCUCAGGCUCCGCCUCCACGCUCAAUAAUUAACUUCCGGAGUGGGCGGGUCUUUGAUGGGGGCAACCGUCGCCUUGACAACUGAUUGAUUGACAGCAGGCCCGGCGUCUGACACCAGGCAUUCAGGAUUUAGUUUGGGAAAAACAAGAUGGCAGAGGAGGAGGAGGGCGGGGCCAGAAAGCAGUGAACUGCAUAACCAACCAAUCAGCUUCCUCCUCUCAGCUCGUCUGGACUUUGCUUCGGCCACGUCCCCCUUGUGAUUAGCCAAUCAGCUGCACAGCACAGAUUAUAAUAAAGUGUGGAAACCUCUUAUCUCCUUCAGGAUGAUUGACAGUGCCGACACCUUCCUUACAGCUGUGAAGCAACAAGCUGUUAUAUAUUUAAUUAGUUUAUAAUUAGUUCUUAUUUUCCCCUGAAAUCAAUUAACAGAUGCACGACUCUCCCAUCAUUUAAUGCAUCGUUUAUGAAUUUAACUGUAAUUAUAACGCAUUAUCACCUGCAAUUAAUGUGAUUUAAUUUAAUUCUUACCCAGUUUUCAGAUAUUGAACAAACAUUAUUGGAUCCAUUAAUUAAUUAAUUACUUGAAGAUGUUAAGGAGGUUUUAGAUAUCCCAAAAUAA